CCUCCUCCUCCUCCACACAGAUCGUGGAUGUACCUUACUCAACCUGCCGAUGCAACAUUUAAUCCGAAUCUUCUGAAUUUAGAAGAGACUUCUGCCCCAAUUUCCCUCUCAGUUUCCUUGGAAACGACUCGGAGUCGUAAAUUAAGCGUCUGUUCGCUCGGGCUAUGCAAGACAAAGCCAUGAGCCUAUGGUUGCUCUGUGCUGUGCUUGGAUUCAGUGCAGCUCUUCAGCCUGGUAGACAAGAGGAGGAGGACUAUGAAGAUGUACCCAUUAAUAAGACCUGGGUGUUAUCUCCUAAGGUCUAUGAAAGUGAUGUGACAAUGAUACUUAAUAAACUUCUGCAAGGCUAUGACAACAAACUACGACCUGACAUUGGGGUGAGGCCAACGGUGAUUGAAACAGCAGUGUAUGUCAACAGCAUUGGACCAGUCGACCCUAUCAACAUGGAAUACACCAUUGACAUCUUCUUUGCCCAGACAUGGUAUGACGGCAGACUGAAAUUCAACAGUUCAAUGAAGCUUCUUAUGCUCAACAGUAACAUGGUAGGCAAAAUCUGGAUACCUGACACAUUCUUCAGAAAUUCCAGGAAAUCAGAUGCCCACUGGAUCACCACACCAAAUCGCCUACUGAGGCUGUGGAGCAAUGGUAGAGUGAUGUACACACUUAGGUUGACUAUUAAUGCGGAGUGUUACCUUAAGCUGCAUAACUUUCCAAUGGAUGAGCACUCGUGUCCGCUGGAGUUUUCAAGCUACGGUUACCCUGGGAAUGAGAUUUUAUACCGGUGGCAAAGACGAGCAGUGGAGGUGGCUGACCAGCGAUAUUGGAGACUUUACCAGUUUGCGUUUGUAGGGAUGAGAAAUACUUCGGAUGUGGCACACACACAGUCAGGGGAAUAUGUCAUCAUGACGAUCUUUUUUGACCUGAGUCGGAGAAUGGGUUAUUUCACCAUCCAGACCUACAUUCCAUGCAGUAUGAUUGUGGUCCUGUCCUGGGUCUCUUUUUGGAUUAACAAGGAUGCUGUACCGGCACGCACAUCUUUAGGUAUCACCACAGUGCUUACCAUGACAACUCUUAGCACCAUCUCCAGAAGGUCCUUGCCCAAGGUGUCAUAUGUUACAGCAAUGGACUUGUUUGUCUCUGUCUGCUUCAUCUUCACCUUUGCUGCUCUCAUGGAGUACGGAACGCUGCAUUACUUCACCAGCAACAGACAGACAAAAAAGGUUAAAGACAAGAAUAACACACAUAAGCCAUCUAGUAUGGUCAAUAUCCAUCCUGGACCAUCCCUGCUGCAAAUGAACAACAUUAUGCACUAUCAUGACGAGGAUGACAAUGCCUACGAGUGUUUGGAUGGAAAAGACUGUACAAGCUUCUUCUGCUGCUUUGAUGACUGCCGCUCAGGGGCCUGGCGAGAAAACAGGAUGCAUGUGCGAGUGAGUAAGAUUGAUUCUUACUCACGAAUAUUCUUCCCUACUGCUUUUGGCCUUUUUCAUUUGGUGUACUGGAUAGGUUAUCUUUAUCUAUAGAACCAGUACCUCAAGGAAGGGUGCUUGGAGUUUUGUAUGUACAAACAUUGUGCCGGGAAUGAGCUAUUCUCAAAGUAGUGAUAAUGUUCCCGCCGCAAACAAGUACUUGACAAAAUAAUGACUCCAAACUGCCUCUUUAAAUAAUUACAAAACAAAACAUUUCCUCCACUUGACCCAGGUUAUGUCUGCUUUGUUAUGGUAAAUUUUUUGAUGUCCUGCCCAAUGGCUAAUGAAAACUCUGUAAAAAUGGUUCACACCUAUAGGACUGUUUGUUGUUCAUAAGAAUGAUUGACAAAUGUUUUCAAUGGUGAGUCACACAUAUGAAAGGACCUGUCAUCUGGUCUGAAUUAGCAUACUAUAUAAAAAGCCCCUUUGCUACAUUCUCCAAUGUUUUUUUAACUAGUAUUUGUUUUGUUUUUUUUAGCUAUGGAACAAAUCAUACAACAAUAUACUUAGGGUGCAUUCAAAUCUGCAAUUCUCUUACUCUUGUCUAAAUCAGUAGAUGGUAGCUGGUUUUGUAAGUAGGGGUCAUUGUAUUCAAUAGUGUGGUUUGUGUUCACACAAUAAAAACUUCAGUGCAGCGAAAAAAAUAAAAUAAUGACAAAACAAACCAUUUUGAUAUAGCGCUUGUGUCUUGUUGGUCAGAAAAAAAUUAAACAGGAAAAAGAUUUGCAAUAUGGAUACAUGAGUGAUAAGUGAAUAAAGCAACACAAAUGCAAAACACACACACAAAACCCAAAAUUGGUCAAAGCUGGCUUCGUGGGAGCAUGUCAUUAACUCAUCACUGUAUCCUGUUAACUAUUGCUAAUGUUGUUGCAGAACUACACGUCACAAAAUACAAGGGAUCUGGAUACUGAUCCUCUAGGUGAAAAAAAUGUACCCUAACAGUCAGAUGGCCUUCACAUCAAGUCGUGAAUCAUCAAUCUCUUGCACAAGGUCUCAGAACUGAUGAUUUGAUCCUCACCAGUUUAUUUGCUGUGUUUACACCUGUUCAAAUGAACAAAACAUCACAGAGAAAUUAGCUAUCUUUAUUUAAGAAUUUUAGAUCAAAUAAAAUGUUCUGGGUUUGACACUGGUUCUCCAUUCAAUUUAAAAUAAGAACUGGAAAUUCAGGUACAAUGCCACUUGAGCCAAAUUUUGACAAUUGUAGGAUUUCAAACAAUGCUUUGUUCUUUCUACUAUCUGAAUUAAAAUUUAACGUUGCUCAUCUAGCUAAAUAAGAGGCUCUUAAAAUUCCUCGGUAGGGG